AUGCAGCAGCUGUUUUAUGAAAAUUAUGAGCAGAACAAAAAAGGCUACAUCCGAGACCUGAGGAACAGCAAAAUACACCGAGCUAUAACGCUGCACCCCAAUAAGAACCCCCCGUACCAGUACAGACUCCACAGCUACAUGCUGAGCCGCAAGAUAGCGGAGCUGCGCCACCGCACUGUGCAGCUGCACCGGGAAAUUGUCCUGAUGAGCAAGUACAGCAAUACCGAAGUCCACAAAGAUGACCUGCAGCUGGGGAUGCCACCCUCCUUCAUGCGAUUCCAGCCCCGCCACCGGGAAGAAAUCUUGGAGUGGGAGUUUCUUACAGGAAAGUAUUUGUACUCGGGUGCCGACGGGCAGCCCCCUCGGAGAGGAAUGGACUCUUCUCAGCGCGAAGCGUUGGAUGACAUUGUUAUGCAGGUCAUGGAGAUGAUCAAUGCCAACGCUAAGACCCGGGGGAGGAUCAUCGAUUUCAAGGAAAUACAGUACGGCUAUCGCAGAGUAAAUCCGAUGUAUGGGGCAGAGUACGUUCUUGACUUGUUGCUUCUGUACAAAAAGCAUAAGGGGAAGAAGAUGACCGUCCCCGUCAGGAGGCACGCGUACUUGCAGCAGACCUUCAGCAAGAUCCAGUUUAUGGAGCACGAAGAGAUGGAUGCCAAAGAGCUGGCCAACAAAAUCAACCAGGAUUCUGGAUCCUUGUCUUUCCUGUCCAACUCACUGAAGAUGUUUGUUCCCUUCCAGCUCAGCCGAUCAAAAGCAGAGAGCAAGGAACUCGGAGACAAGAAGAUCAACAUCCUGAUUCCUCUCUCCGGACGUUUCGACAUGUUUGCAAGGUUCAUGGGGAAUUUUGAAAAGAUGUGCCUCAUUCCAAACCAGAAUGUCAAGCUGGUUGUCCUGCUUUUCAAUUCCAACUCCAACCCUGACAAAGCGAAGCAGAUCGAUCUGAUGAGAGAUUACCACGCCAAAUACCCCAAGGCUGACAUGCAGGUUUUACCGGUGUCGGGGGAGUUCUCGAGGGCACUGGCUCUGGAAGUCGGAUCUUCUCAGUUCCAAAACGAGUCUUUACUUUUCUUCUGUGAUGUUGACUUACUGUUUACCACAGAAUUCCUCCAGCGGUGUAGAGCCAAUACAGUUUUGGGUCAACAAGUGUACUUUCCCAUCAUUUUUAGCCAGUAUGAUCCAAAGAUUGUUUAUAGUGGAAAAGUUCCUAGUGACAAUCAUUUUGCCUUCACCCAGAAAACAGGUUUCUGGAGGAACUAUGGCUUUGGUAUUACCUGUAUUUACAAAGGUGAUCUUCUUCGAUCAGGUGGCUUUGACGUCUCCAUCCAGGGUUGGGGCCUUGAAGACGUAGACCUGUUUAACAAAGUCAUUCAAGCUGGCUUAAAAACUUUCCGAAGCCAAGAAAUUGGAGUAGUCCAUGUGCAUCACCCUGUUCUUUGUGACCCUAAUCUUGAUCCAAAACAAUAUAAAAUGUGCUUGGGGUCCAAAGCUUCAACUUAUGGGUCCACACAACAGCUGGCUGAAAUAUGGUUUGAAAAAAAUGACCCAAGUUUUGGGAAAAGCAGCAAUACUAAUGGCUCAGUGAGGACAGCCUAAUGUCCAGCUAUGCUGGAAAAGACUUUUUUUUUAAUUAUCUAAUUUAUUUUUGGGAAAAUGUGUUUUGAUAAUUCACUUUUAAAACGCCACACAGGAUAUAUUUUAGAA